GAUGAGAGUCUGGCGUAUCAGAGCCAGCUCGACACUCUGCAAGCAGAAAUCCUGAAGCACAGAGAGGAGCUCUGCAGUCUGCAGGUCGUGAAUACUGACAGCCAGCUCUCCAAAGAAGCUGCUAAGGCUGAGUUGCAGCAGCAGGAGGAGCUGCUUCACAAGGAGUGUAAGGAGAGGGACCAAGUGAUAGCAAGCUACAGGAAAAAGGUUGAUGAGCACAAGGCCCAGACUGCAAAAGUUGAGAGAAGGGUACAGCGAGCAGCUGUGCAGCUGGAUGAACUAAGCAGUGAGGUCCAGCACAGCACCACCAGGAUGCUGGCUGAAGAGGAGAAAGACAUUUCGACUGCUGAGGAGGCCUUCAGACGCAUCAAAGAGGCCACAGGGAUCACCGAUAUACAGGAAUUAGAGGAGCACUUUACUUCUCAGAAGGAGACACGUCGACAUCUGGAGAGGCGGCGGGAGGAGAACGAGGAGGUCCUGCUGCAGCUGAAGGAGCAGAAGGAGCUUCUGGAGCAACAGUCUGAAGAGAUUAAAUAUUCUGGGGAGGCUAAACUCUCCAGGCACCAGCAGACGCUGCAGGAGCGUGAGCAGCAGCUGCAGGCUGAGCAGCAGAGGUGCGAUGAAGCCGAAGAGCGACUGGAUCGGCUUGUGAAAACCCUCGGUGCCAUCCGUCACGGAGUUGAGCACCUGGCAGACCAUCUUCAGCACAUCUCACUGGAUGAGCACACAGUUCCCAACAUGCAUCCAGACUCAGAGGACUUUGUGGUGCUGGAGCUGAUGGCCCAGUGUGAGCAGAAAUUGGAGUCCCUGCAGAAAGAGCUUGAGGGGAUGGAUGUGGCAGCUAUAAUGAAGGAGAUGGAAGAAAAGGAGUUCUACGUCAGGAUUGAGGGGAAACACAGCACCCAAGUCAAGCCACCUGAGGAUCAAGCAGAAGAUCCCUACAGUGAUGAGGACAAGAGUGACAAGGACGGGGCUCACAUCAUCUCUCGUGAGGCACUGAAGCGUCAAUCUCAGCUAAUCGUCGACUCCAACUCAAAAAGAAAGGCCCAGAAGAAGAGGAAGGGCAAGUUUUAAUCCGACGGCAUCUCCAAACUCUCCCACAAUAAAGCAGUGAUGUAUAAAACGGGAUUAUUUCAAGCCGAGUGAACAGACUGUGAU